UAAAUUUACCGCGGAGUUUGGCCACAGCGCCUACAAGUAACCAAAUUAGCAGCGAAAUCGACAACCCUAGCUUUACAAUCUGCCGCGCCCAAGCUCCCGCCACAGGCUCGACAGACAUCAAGCAUUCAAGCCUGGCCGUCGGCGAAUUACUACAAUGGCGACUGCUCAGGGCAGCCAGAACAAUGGGGAUAUGUUGAUGCUGGAGGCCGCUCCAGAUGCUUCUCGUCCCUGGUCAAGCGCUUCCAAUGCAGAAAUUAUCGACGCGUUGCCCUACAUCGACGAAGACUACGGAAAUCCUUCCAUCAAGGCAGAAGUAGAUCGCCUGGUGGAGGAAGAAAUGCGAAGGAGCUCCAAGAAACCCGCGGACUUCCUGAAGGACUUGCCUCCCUUACCUCGCUUCAGUUUCGAGAACUAUCCGAUGCUUGCCAAAGAAUAUGAACGCGUGAGAGCAGGGAAGCCUCCAGUUGCUAUUGAUUUUUCGCGAUAUGCCCAUUUGGAUCAGCCUUCUGCAAAUAAGGUGAAUGAUGAAACUGCCUGGAAGCAAUCACUUCAGAGAGCACAACGCUUGCUUCAGCAUCAAGUUCUUAGGGUGGAGAAUUUGGACUUGAUGUCAAAAUAUGGUCCUGAUAUAUGGGUACAGAACAACCGACAACUAGAAGGAAUUUUAUCCAGGAUGCAGAAACUGGCUCAGGAACACAAUGAAAAGAUUGAAGCAGUAAACCGUGAGAGGAAGUACCAUCAGCAAACAACUGCAUACGAGCUGAAUGCCCUGUCAACACAGUGGAAAGAGCUUGCCUUGAAAAAUAUCGAAAUUCAAGCAGCAUGUGCUAAUGUCCAGAGGCAGAUAGAUGAUCUGAAGGUUGAAGCCUCCGAGAGGUAUGCCAAUAUUGAUCAUUUAUUCUCAGUGGAGCAAAUUAAUGCUUACCAGAUCACGAGCUAAUUUUAUUUCUCAUUAUAUUUUGCACUGAGUAAUUAUCAGGUAGCUUUUUCGCUUUUUUACAGCUGAUGUCUUUCUAAUUACGCAUGCCAUACCAGUAAUGAAAGACGAUUUAAUCAAAAGUUUGUUGGUCGAGCUGCUCGAUACAUGAUUCAUUGAUCAUGAAAUCAUUAUCAGAUGUGUAGCGUGAUGCCCAGCAUAUCUUUGCUCGUUUAGCUGCAAACCGAUCGCAGUUUACAUCGAUGCGUUCCUAGACCGUUUACAACGCGCUUCCGGCCUUGUUUAACGUAUGUGGAUUUUGGUGCAGGAUGAUAAGUAGGAAUGGAGAAGUUGAUCUCUACUCUCUUGUUAGAAGCGGGCAUGGUACACUAUCAGGAACUUGCUGCAUGCUGUUCAGUCAGCCUGUGGUGAUUUCACUCAUCUGUGUCGAUAGCCUCGCAGCGACGCGGCUCAAUGUGAUAUGAGAGGUCGUGGUUUGAAAGUACUGUAAACAUAUAUAGUACGUUGAGCUUGUGGCCAUUUAUCCAGAGCUACUAAGAACCAUAUCAAGUCGUUAUGUAUUUAGAAUGACAGUGGAAGUCUACCCUACCAAUUGCUGAUAUAUAUAUAAACAUAAACACAGUAUGUGUUGCAACUUGCAAGUACACGAUGCAAUUACAAGUGCCCGACAACGUCCUUUCCAAGACAGUUGUUGCGGCUGAGCGAGAAGUUGGAAUUAGGUAAUUAAUUCUUUCAUAACGUGAAUAUCACUUAUAGUGUAGUAAAAUUAAUUUAUGACAAUCAAUUAAUAAUAAGUUUUGGUAAAUUG